AAAGAGAAACGCAUCAGCUGACAGCCAGCUGGUAUCAAUACAUGUGUGACAUUUUUAACAUGUUGAGUAAACGCGGUGCACUGAUAGUUCUGGAGGGUUGCGAUCGAGCCGGUAAAUCGACGCAAGCGAAGAUGUUAAUAAAUGCAUUAAGCGAUCUGCGGAUUCCAGCAAAGGCUAACGGUUUUCCAAACAGAAAGACUCCUGUUGGAACUAUCUUAAACAGUUUCCUGUCAAAAGAGAUAAAUUUGCCACCAGAGGCAGCUCACUUGCUGUUCUCUGCCAACCGAUGGGAAUGCAAGGAGGACAUUGAAAGAACACUUUUGUCUGGCCAUACAGUAGUAAUAGACAGAUACGCAGCUUCCGGUGCUGUAUACACAGCAGCUAAUACCGGCAGAAGCCUCAGCUGGUGCCAGUAUCCUGAUAUGGGACUUCCAAAGCCGGACUGUGUGAUGUUUCUCAAGGUGUCUAAGCGACAGCAAGAACAGCGCAGUGAUUGGGGAAAGGAGAGAUUCGAGCAUGACGAGUUUCAGCAACGAGUCAAUGCUAAUUAUGAGAAAUUAAAAGACGAUAGUUGGAUCAUUAUAAACGCGGAUCAGGACGAGUCGACGGUGCACACCGAAAUAUUACAGAAAGCGCUACCGAUCAUUCAAGAGGUUCAAUAUCGUAAUAUAAAACUGCUAAGUAGCUGAAUGUACUGACAAAUUUUUAUGUUUCUACCUUAGCAGAGUAUUACUGCAUUAAUAAUUCUAUGGCAUUUGCUAGUUUUAAUAUUGACGAUAUGAUAAAUAAAAUUUUGACAAUAUAUUAAAAAAUCCCUCCCACGCAAUAAAAAGAAAAUAACUAUUUUAUUAUUAAAAAAUUGUUAAAUAUAAAUUUUUAGACUUUGUAUUUUGUACCGUAUUAUUGUAAGUUAUUAAUUGCUACUUGCUGGACACAUAUCACACGUAGUUAUAAGAUUUUAAGAAUAAACUAGAACUGUUGAGAAUAAAACAAAUAGAACAUUUUUA